AUGAGCAUUAGAUCGGAUCAGGGUACAGUACAUCAAAGAACCCUUUUAUUUGGUUCAAAACCCAAUAAUCCAACCGAGAGGGCAAGCUCUCCGUAUAACAGCUCCUCAAUUGAUUAUUCACAAUCAACGUUGGCACAGCUAGAAUCGCAAAGCGAUGGCCAUGUAAAUAUAAUGAGAGAUAAGGUUAAGGCAUUAAAAGAUCUCUCGCUUAAAAUGGGUGAGGAAAUUCGUGGCAGUAGUAAUACAAUAGAGGGAUUAGAGAACACCUUUGAGCAAACCCGGACCAAGUUAAAGAGGACUUUUAAUAGGAUGAUGAUAAUGGCGAAAAAUUCAACUAUUAGCUUCAAGACUUGGUUAUUAAUAAUUCUGGCAGUCUUCCUGCUUUUUGGCUAUGUUUGGAUUUUCUAG